AAACAAUUAAAUCAAUAUUCAGAAUUGAAUUAAAAAAAACACUCAAAAUAAAGUCAAGAUAUCAAGUUGAACACGAAAAAAAUUGAUCUUUUAAUUGACCGGGAUGAAAAGUGAUGGACAGAAAGUUAUAUGUUUAUGUUAACUAAAUAAUGUUUCCAUUAUUAUGGAUCCACCGGAAACUUUAUCAUCCUCAUCGUCAACAAAUGAUUCAACUCGAAGAUGUGGAAAUAACAACAACCGUGAAAGUUUAAGGUCAAGAAGACGUCGAUUUAUUAAUUACAAUGAAUUACCCGAUUGGUUGAAAGAUAAUGACCUGGUCACUUCUGGUUAUCGUCCAGCGAAUCAGUCUUUUUGGUCUUGUUUAGUUUCAUUGGGUUAUCUUCACAAUGAAACCAUUUCGAUUUGGUCUCAUCUUUUGGCCGCAAUUUAUUUCCUCACCUUGUAUGUAGGUCAAUAUAACGGUACAAAUAAUUGUUCAGCGCUCAAUAAUGACGAUCUUUUCCUGCGACUUUACCAUUUAUCGGCCAUUUUUGCGUUCACAUGUUCAGCUAUUUAUCAUCUAUUCUGUUGCUAUUCACAUUAUGUUCGUGAUCUACUUGUAAGAAUUGAUUACAUUGGAAUUACCGUUUUCAUCACCGAAUCAUUUAUGACCUGGAUCUAUUAUGCCUUCCACGAGGAUACGGUGGACACUUCGAUCUAUGUUUAUGCCAUUUGUUUCGGUGGUUUUUUGGUCGCAGUUAUCACACAACUUGAUCGAUUCAAUGGACGCAACAAUCGCGGCCAAAGAGCUGGUCUUUACAUGGUCUAUGGUCUUUCAUUAAUCAUUCCCGUCUUUCUAUUGUUCAGUCAAUCAUCACAACCGCAAACGAGUAAAAUAAUUAUCAGCAUCACCUACACGGGAACAAUUUACUUAAUCGGUGGUAUUAUUUACUCAUUCCGUUUACCUGAACGAUUCCGACCAGGGUCAGUUGACCUUUUCGGACAUUCACAUCAACUUUUCCACGUGAUCGUGGUCGUCGCAGCAAUAAUUCAUGAACGGAUGAUUGUUCAUAUAGCAACAAUCAACGAGAAAUAAUAGUCCAAACUAUUUUAAUCAAUUCCAAGUGAUUAAACUGGUGUAUAAAUUGUUCUCAAUUAAAACAAAAAUUCAUCUUUUAAUUGUACAUUUAAUCAACUAACAUCCAACUAAAUUCAACUCUAAUAAACAUUUUGUAAAUUAAUCUAUCAUCAAGAACUUCAAAUGAUCAAAUGAUUAAAGUUAAUUUGUUUUUCUCCGUUCAAAUUAACUAACCAAUAUAACUUAAUUGUUCAGUAAAUGAAAACAAUUAAAAUGAUAUGUUAAUCUUACUCUUUAAU